AUGUGGCUCUUGGAGAAGCUGCGUAGCUCUGUGGAGAGAGGUGGGGCUCAGCAGACCCCCCAGACCACAGAGGCCAUUCCUGUCGCUGUUUAUGCCAAUGUCCUUACUCCAGAGAAGAUCCCAGACUUCUUCAUUCCUCCUAAACUCAUUUGCUGCCCCCCAGAGGAGUCCCAUAGCCCUGAGCCUCAGCGCUGCUCCACUCUGAGACCCUCUUCCUCAGAUCAUGCCAUCUGCAGCCAGAGCCCCAGAGCCCGAAGCAGUCCCCGUCUUUUUGGUCGCAGCCUCCAGAAAUCUGCCAACCGCCACAUCAUCCAGAUAGAGAGUGCAGAUGAGCCUGCUGCUGAUCAGACAUCCACACAGCACAACACAAAUGCAGACCCCCAGUCCCAGAAUGCCAUGUCCCUGCCUUACGUCCCCAAAGCCCAGACCUCCUACGGCUUUUCUACCCUGGUGGAGUCCCCUCACACUCGGAGGAAAGAAAGCUUGUUCCACAGUGACCCCAACAGUCCCCUGACCUCCCCCAACUCCCAGAGGCGCUCUCAGGGUGGGACACUGCUGACCCCCGCUGACUCCAACUCAUACAGGUACUUCAGUGGAGGAGAGAGUGACACCUGCUCCUCUGCUGAAUCCUCACCCUUCAACUCUCCUCUGCUGUCCCGGUCUGCCUCUUUACUGCGCUCUAUCACGCAGGAGACACAAGCCAAGGUGUCUCGUGCCAAGCGGUCCCUGGCGCGUCACAGUUCCUUGUCCACGGAUGAGUGCAGCUCCGCCGACAACAGCCCCAACAUGCAGAGGCGUCGCACCCGCUGCCCGCCGUCCCCCGCCUUCAGGGGAUCCAAAGGCAGGGGCCCGAGAGGAGGGGGGUCGAGAGGCACCGCUGCGGACCUCUUACAGCGAGAACACAGCAUUAACCUGCACAAGGGGGGCACGCUCCGCCUCAGCACCCACUAUGACCCUGAGGCGUCCAGGCUGAGGGUGCGAGUCCUGACCGCAGAGGCAUUAUACAACAGGGAGACUGAUGUUAAAAGUAUCAACUGCUGCGUGGCACUGUAUCUGAACCCGGGAAAGCAGCAGAAGCAGAGGAGCACUAUCAUCAAAAACAGCAGGAACCCCUUGUUUAAUGAAGACUUCUUUUUUGAUUCGCUUCCACAAGCUCAGAUCAAAAACCUGGCUAUGAAGGUGAAGGUAGUCAACAAAGGCACCAGUCUGAAGAGGGAUGUGCUUUUAGGAGAGAGGGAGGUGUUGCUGAGUGAGCUGCUGGCUGGGCUCUAG